AUGGCAGGGCGGCGCGGGCCGCUGCUGCCGAUCCCCGCCGAGGUGCCAGAGGACUUCGCCCUGGGCGCGCUCGGGCCCUCGACGCCCCUCGUAGCGCACCCGGGGCUCGGUGCGACGCCCGAGGAGGCCGGCGGGAGACUGUCGGCGGCAGGCCUCGGCUCGGUGCCCGCUUGGUGCCGCCCCGUCGCGGCGCUCUCCACCGGCGAGCGGAGCCGGGCAGAGUGCGCGCUGCUGCUGGGGGACGGGGCGCUGCUGGACGACUUCGGCGCGUUCACGGCCGCAGGGCAGGCGCGGGGCAUGGCCGCGGCCCUGUCGCGCUUCGUGGCGGCCCAGGGGCUGCGGCGAGUGGUGGUCGCGACGGUGCAGGAGGAGCUCGUGCCCUGGCUGUCGCCAGACUGGGUGUGGCUGCCGGGGCACGGCGCGGACACGCAGCGCUGCCUGCACCGGAGCGGGGCGCCCAGGCUUCGGCCUUCUGUGAGCUUCUGGCCCGCCCAGGACCGCGAGGGUGCCGUGGCAUGCCGCCCCGCGCCGCUGGGCGACCACUUCGUGAGAAGCACCCCUUGCGGCUGGACGUCGGCCAGCUGCGCCGUGGAGGGGCACCCUGCGCUGGAGUCAAUCGAGCGUCAGUUCGACUACCGCACGAAGCUAGUGCAGGCCGUGCGCUUGCCCGAGCUGCCCGCGCGCCUGUACGCUGCUGGCGCGGCUUUCUCCGUCGGAGUGUUGGCCGGGCCAUCCGGGACAGGAAAGACCACGGCGCUCCGCGCGUUCGGCUCUGGCGGGCCCCCUCUGGAUGGCAGCCUCGCUGUGGGUCAGCAGGGCUGCGCGGCAGCUGCCGUGUGCCCCGGAGACCCCAGGCUCGGUGCCCGUCUUCUGGGCCUCCUCGGGCUCGCCCCCAGCGCGGCCGAGCGCGGCCUCGCGUCGCUGAGCGACGGUGAGGGGCAUCUGUGCCGUGUGGCGGCAGCGCUCUGUGGUGCUCCGGGCGGCCUCGCAGUCGUGGACGAGUUUGGCUCGCGCUUGGACCGCGGCUCCCGGCUGCGCCUCUGCCGCGGCACACGGAGGGCUCUCGCAGGAGAGGCCGGCGGCGCAGUCGCGGCCAGGCUCGUCGCUGCUACCGUGCACCUGGAGGUGGCGGCGUGGCUGUGCGCAGACUGGUGCCUCGACACGGGCUCCAAUGUAUUGUGGGAGGCUGAGUGCCCAGGCGACCGUGCCGCGCCGAUGGCAUCGCAGCAGGCGGCGGUGGCCUCUGCGGGCGUUGGCUGCAAGGACCCGCUCUUCGCGCGGCCCGAGGUCGUCCUGGACGUGGCCUGGCUGGAUCCUGGCCAGGCGCGCGCCUCGUGGAGGCUUUUCGCCAGGCACCACUACCUCAGCGGCGAGCUGAGUCCAGCGGCGGAGUGCUGCGAGGCCCGCUGGGGGGGCCAGCCCGUUGCGUUCGCGGCGGUGCUGCCGCGUCAAGGCGCGGAAGGAGCCCCUGGCGUGCGCGAGCACCGCCUGGUGUGCCUGCCGGAUUUUCAGGGGCUGGGCAUCGGUCUGGGCUUGUCCGAAUUCCUCGGCCAGCGUGCGCUGUCGGCCGGCUUCUUCGGGGCCGCGCCGCCGCAGCGCUACUUCUCAAGCACCGCGCACGUGGGCUUGGGCAGUGCUCGCGCUCGGAGUGACCGAUGGCGGCCCACCCUCUUCGAUGGGACCAGCGCCGCGCGCCCUGGCGACAACAGGACGCUUUUCAAGCACGAGUACGUCGGGACUGGUGGCAACUGCAGCAUCUCGCGAUGCAGCGAUGGUGCGCCGCUGCCUGUUGCGCCGCCGCUCGAGGCGGCUCGCUCGGCUGUGCGGGCCAGGCGUGUGGAGGCGCGCUCGCACGCGCCCGCCGUGGUGGCCUGCCCGCAGGAACCCAGUGCCGAGGCAGCGCCGGAGGCAGCGCUGGAGGUGGAGGUACCACCCUGGCCAUCCUUCUGGGCCACGUCGCCUCCUGGCUUGGAGGAUGUGGUCGCUAGCGAGGCUGGCCAGAAGCUGCCCUGGGCGCAGUGCGACGUUGUUGCAGGCACUGGCAGGGUGUCGCUGGCGUGCCGCAGCAGCGGCGGCGAGGCAGCUCAGGAGCUGUCGCUGGCGGAGCAGCUCCGGGCCCUCCUGGCGCCCGACCGCGCCUACGUGCAGCUGGCAGUCCUACGCGGCCUUGGCGGCGGCGACGGGGGCCUUGCCGCACUGGAGGCGCUGGCGGCGCAGCCAGGCCUGGCGCAGGCCUUGAGGGCAGCAGCGGCCACCUGCGCUUCUGGCGAGGACGCACACAGCGCUCCAUCCUUUCGCGUGACGUGCCGGCGCUCCGGCCGGCGCACGCUGGGCUCCGAUGAGGCCGCGGCGGCGCUUGCGUCCGGCAUCUGCGCCAGCCUCGGCUGGCGGCCGCUGCUGCAGGAGUUCGACCUGGAGGUCGUGCUGUGGUUGCAACCAGAGCGGUCGCUGCUCGGGAUGGGCCUCAACGCCCGCGGCCGUGGCUCGCCGCGCGGUGCGCUGCCGCCAGGGCGCCAGGCGACGCUGGAGCAGCUGCGGCCGAGCCUCGCGUACGCACUUCUGGCGAAGUGCAUGGCAGGCACGCCUGCCAGAGCGGAGAUCCUGCUCGACCCUAUGUGCGGCUCCAACACGGUGGCGGAGGUGGCAUCGCACAGCGAGUUCGGGAAGCGGCUCUUCUGCUUGUGCGGCGACCUGGCCGAGACUGCGGUCAUAGCUGCACAGAGGAAUCUGGAGCGACUGCCCCUGGACGGCAGAGCCCGGAUCGACCUCCUUCGCUGGGACAGCCGCCGGUUGCCACUGCGCCGCUUCUGCGCAGACCGCAUCGUGGCACAUCCGCCCGCAGGGAAGUUCCUGGGGGCCGCGCCCGCUGCCAGGCUCUACCGCGCCGCACUCGCCGAAUUCCGCCGCGUGCUCGCUCCCCGCGGUCGGGGCCAGAGCGCGGAGGCGGCGGCGCGCCUGGCGCUGCUGGCCGCGGAUCGCGCGCCGGCGAAGGGUGCGUUGAAGGCUGGAGCGGCCGGGGCCGCGGCAGACUGCGAAUUCGCUCUGGGCAGCGAUCUGGGCAUCGUGUGGGCGCAGCUGGGCGAGGUGGCGCUGCCCUACGAGGGUGGUGACACCACGCUCUUCCUGCUGGGCACGCGCGUGAAGCCACUGCGGCCCGCGACUCCCCAGAAGAAAUUCGACGUUGCCCAGUGA